AUGUAUCGGAAUUUAUUCGUGUUCCUCGUGGUAGCAGCCUUCUAUCCAAUCAUCGACGCUGCGAUCAUACGUUGCGAACCACCUGACUGGUUCUUAUGCAAGAACGAGAAAUGCAUUUCAACCUUCUUCAAAUGCGAUGGGACGGAUGAUUGCGGUGACAAGUCCGAUGAAAUGGAUUGUCAGAAUUAUACGCUCGACCCCAACAUGAUUCGUUGCGCGGAAAACGAGUUCCAGUGUUCCGAUCGUUCUUGCAUACCGGCAGAAAAAUUUUGCGACGCCAAAACUGAUUGUCCCGAUGGAAGUGAUGAAUUCGCUAGUUGCGUGAAAAAUUUAAAAUGCGACGCUUUCAAGUGCAAAGAUGGUCACUGUGUAAGGAACGAAUGGGUUUGCGACAGAGUCUCAGAUUGCCCUGACAACAGCGAUGAAGAGAAAUGCGGGGACAACGCGGUACCCAUCGAGAAAUGCAACAACGAACACGAUCGAUACCUGUGUAAAAACAAAAGAUGCAUUUCUUUGAACGCAACAUGCAACGGGAAGGACGACUGCGGCGAUAAUUCGGACGAGAAUGUAGAAGAAUGCAGCAAAGCUGACGCAUCAUGCAAGAAGAUAGCAAAAUGCGAACACUAUUGCAGAAAAACGCCUGAAGGUGCUCGAUGUUCGUGUAAAUCGGGUUUCAAAUUGUCGGAUAACCGAACAUGCUCUGACAUAAACGAGUGCGAAAAUUAUGGAACCUGCGAUCAACGAUGUAUCAAUAAUAAUGGAUCAUAUACAUGUUCGUGUGAAACUGGUUACAUCUUGAACGAUGACAAGAAGACUUGUAAGGCUGAAGGUGGCGAAGCUUUGUUAGUGUUCUCUAUUAAAUCAGAGAUCCAUGGCUACUAUCUUGAUUCUCAAGUAUAUUAUCCCGUAACUAAGAACUUGAAACACGCCGUUGCUGUUUCCUUAGAUGCGAAUUAUGUAUAUUGGUCCGACGUUGAGGACGAAGACGAGGUAAUAAUUAGAAGUUUAGAGGAUGGCACAGAGCGAAACAUCAUUGUUACAACAGGUUUGAGCAGUCCUGACGACAUAGCCGUGGAUUGGGUAACGGGCAACAUAUAUUUCACAGACAGUGGUUACAUGCAUCUUGGAGUUUGCAGCAACGAUGGUUCUUAUUGCACCGUUAUAAUUAAAGAACGAAAUAAUAAACCACGAGGUCUUGCCUUGUUACCAUCGAGUGGCUUAUUAUACUGGACUGAAUGGGGCUCGAAUUCGAGCAUAUUAAUGGCGAGCAUGGAUGGCAAAAAUGCUACCGCGUUAAUUAAUCAAGACUUAGAAUGGCCAAACAGUCUAUCUAUCGAUUAUACGAACAAUAGAUUGUAUUGGAUAGAUUCUAAACUAAAAGUGAUCGAAUCGAUACGACUAGAUGGUACAGAUCGCAGGACUAUAUUAAAAGACAUAGCAAAGAAACCGAUUUCGUUAGCCGUAUUCGAAAAUAAAUUGUACUGGAGCGACUGGAUAUCCAAUACCAUACAAUCAUGCGAUAAAUUCACCGGAAAAGAUUGGAAAGUUUUAAUAAACACGAAUAACACCAUUUAUGGCAUACACAUAUAUCACUCCGUUCUGAAACCCAAGAUACCGAAUCCGUGCAAUGUGAACCCCUGCUCGCAAUUGUGCCUAUUAAAUUCAGAGAAUAGCUAUACUUGCGCUUGCACAGUGGACAAAGUAUUGAAUAAUGAUAAACAUACAUGUCGUGCGGUCAAGAAGAAAAUGCAUCUAGUUAUCGCAGCUGGGAACACGUUCAUAGAUUACUAUCACGAACUACUAGGAAAACCGAAAAUGACGACCAACUUCACAGUAAAACACGUCACUGCGGUCACUUAUAAUCCCCUUACUGGUGGUGUAUUAGCCAGCGACCAACUGACAGAUAAGAUCUUCCAUUUAGACAUGCAUAAUGGUGAUUUGAAGAACAUAAUGUCUAUCGAGAACCAAGUACUAGGAGGAAUGGAUUUCGACUAUCUUGGAAAUAAUCUGUAUAUGUCGGAUUUGAAACAGAAAACCAUCGAAGUGCACAGUCUAAACAGCAACGAGAAAACAAUCUUUUACUUUCAGGAGGAACCUCACGAUAUUGUGCUUGUACCGGAAGAAAGUAUGAUGAUGGUCGUAUUUCGAGAGAAUAAAAUGUAUCGCAUAGACUUGAUGAGUAUGAACGGGCUUGGUCGAAGAAUCACGAUCGAAGGAAACAAAACUCCGUUAGUUGGACCGAAAAUAUCCUUGAGCUACGACAGAGAUUUGAAGCAAUUGUUUUGGAGUGACCAAACCACAGGUCGUAUCGGUAGUACGACCAUACCAGGUUUCCAAACGUAUAUCUUCCGUACUGGAUUAUCAGAACCCGUGAGUCUCGCUGUUCUGGGUGAUUUCGUGUUUUGGACCCAAUAUAAGUCGAAUCAUUUGUAUUGGACUAGCAAGAGCAACACACAGCAAUAUCAGAAGCGUAUUACAUUGCAGGCGCCUAAAGACUUGGACAGGACGUCAUUGGUAAAUUUGCAUGGAAUGUAUGUAAAAGAACACCCAUGUCACAAAAACAACGGGAACUGCUCUCACGUGUGUCUGUUAUCUAAUACUUCUCCAUACAUUUGCGCCUGUCCGCCCGAUAUGAUGCUGAACGUAGAUAAUCGAACGUGUAGUCCUCAAACCGCGUGCAAUCCUGGCGAGAUAAAAUGUGGAGAACACGACGUAUGCAUAAAAUUCCAUCAAAGAUGUGACGGAGAGCAGGACUGUCCUAACGGAGAAGACGAAUCAAGUAUAUGCGACUUUUACCAUUGGUCGAAUUGCUCAUACCAGGAUAAAUUUCAGUGUAGAAGUGGCGAAUGCAUAAGCAAGACGAAACGUUGUAAUUCCCACUACGACUGUGCCGAUCGUUCCGAUGAGGAGGGCUGCGAUAAAAAGGAAUGCGACUCCAAUGAGUUUCAAUGUCACGAGGGGGCUUGCAUAUCGAAAUAUUUUGUGUGCGACGGACGAUACGACUGCACCGAUUUUUCCGAUGAAAUCAAUUGUAGCAAGUACAAAUGCGAUACCGAUAGUUUCACGUGCGAAUCCGGGUCGUGUAUACCCAAAACGUGGAAAUGCGAUGGCCAGAGUGACUGUCCAGACGGUUCUGACGAGAGUGAUGCGUGUCAAAGAAAUGUAUGUCCAUCCGAAAUGUUUACUUGUUCUAAUGGUCGUUGCAUCGAUUUGAUACUAAAAUGCAAUGGAGUCAGCGAAUGCGAAGACGAAAGCGAUGAACAAUAUUGCAGCAAUAAGAAUAACGAUAAUUACGUCAAUUGUACUAUAGAUGAGUAUAAAUGCUUCAAUACGGAGAUGUGUCUUCCCAAACAUGUCAGGUGUAAUGGCAUUCAAGAGUGUCCAAAGAACGACGACGAACGCAAUUGUGUUCGAUGUCAAAAGGAAGAAUACGUUUGCGACAAUCAGAAGUGUAUCGACAAAAGCUGGGUGUGUGACAGGUUCAACGAUUGCGGCGAUGGAUCGGAUGAAAAAAACUGUGAGGGUAAUUUGAAGCCGAACGAUGUCAGCGGGAAUUCUAAUUGCAAAGAAUUUAAAUGUUCCAACGGGGUUUGCCUCCCUUUUACAAAGGUGUGCGAUGGAAAAGUGGAUUGUUUGGAUCGGAGUGACGAAUUUGGAGAAUGUGCAAUCUCGUGUACUAAAAAUAAUCCCUGUACAAACAUGUGUCAUAAGACACCCAUUGGUCCUGUUUGUGGGUGCAAAAACGGAUAUCAAUUGAGCAGUGACUUAAAAUCUUGUGAAGAUAUUGACGAAUGUAGAGACAAUAUUUGCUCACAACUUUGUGACAAUACUAAUGGAUCUUUUAUUUGUUCUUGUCAUGAAGGAUACGUUUUACGAAGUGAUAAAACUUCGUGCAAAGUGGCUGGUUCACAAAUGGAAAUAAUUACUGUAACCAGUAGAGAUAUUAGAAAAUUAUCACCAAACUUAAAUAAAAUCGAUGUUAUUUACGAAGAAAUCAAUUCCGAAAUAAGUGGUAUUGACGUGAAUACAAUGGAAAACACAGUCUACUGGAGUAACGAAAUCUUAGGUAUGGUAAGUAAAAUAUACAUAAAGAGCAAAGAACGGAAGAUUGUUACUGGCCUCGGCAGACCAGAAGCUCUAGCCGUUGAUUGGAUUACCGAUAAUGUAUACUUUAAUGAUAAUGACUAUUCCAGCAGUAUUAAGGUAUGCAAUCUAGAACAGCAGAAGUGUGCUACAGUAGUGUCGAUCGGAUCACGUAAUAGAGCAACCUCUAUUGCUAUCGAACCAAAAGAAGGGUGGUUGUUUUGGAGUCAAACUACUUGGGCAUUGUACGAGAGACCUACAUCAAAAAUAUAUCGAGCCAACACAAUAGGUACUAAUGUAACAGCGAUUGUAUAUCGAGAUCUCGGUGUUGUUUAUGCAUUAACUAUUGAUUAUAUACGAUCCAGAUUGUAUUGGUCAGAUACAUUUUCAAAAAAUAUAGAAUCUUCGGAUUUAGAUGGUUCUAAUCGUGCUGUAAUUUUAAACACAGAUGUUCAUCAGGCUUUAAGUAUUACCAUAUAUGAGAACUCUUUAUAUUGGUUAAUGGGUACAACUGGUACUGUAAAAAAAUGCAAAUUAUAUGGUGAUAAAUCGUGUAUAAUGAUUUCCAUUGGUACAUCAAAUAUCGACAAGUACUUUACCAUUUUGCAGACGACCAGGCAACCUAUCGGAAAAAAUGUUUGUGAGAAAUAUAAAUGCAAUUACAUGUGCAUUUCAAGGAACGAUGGUCCCGCUUGUAUUUGCCACAAUGGAUAUCCAAAAGAUUCCGGGAGUACUUGCAUAGAAGACACAAAUACAAAAAUUAAAUUCGGUUCAAGUAUAAUUAGUCGCAGAAACGAAAGUAUUCGUUAUCAAAACGGAACAUUAGUCGGUAUAAUAAUCACGGUAGUAGCAUGCAUCGUAAUUGCAUUAGCUUACUUUUAUUAUCAGAAAAUUAAACCAAACUUUUCAAAGAAUAAUUUCAGUAUUCAUUUUCAAAACCCGUCAUAUGAUCAACAAAAUGAUAUCGCACCCACGCUCAAUUAUAUUUCCGGUUUACCACCUGGAGAACACGAAUACAUCAAUCCAGUAACAGAUAUACAAAAGAAUCAAAAUAAAAAUAUAACAGAACACAAUGAAAAACAAAUGAAACUUGUCAAUUUUGAUUGAUCAGAUGAUGAACCUGAAGAACCUACUCAUAAACAGGAUUUCCGUUUAAUAUAA